AUGAACCCAUCAUCGACUCACUCUACGAAUGUGGCACAUGCAGAUGGGACAGGCCCACCGAAUGCUUACCGCCUUCGAAAUUCCUUUCUCCCAACCACCCCGUACCGCCUUACUGCCUUCGAAAUUCUUUCUCCCAAUCACCCCGGAUAUCGUUCACGUUCCCCGACUCCUUCUGUACCUGGUGAAUCUGGGACCUGGCCCCAACAUUAUGGUACCCGGGCCCAGAAUCUCAUUUGUGCAACCUCCAAAGGUGGCGCCACGCCAACACGUUCCUCUCAACACACUCUCAACACGUUCCUCUACUAUUACCCCAGCUCGAGCUCCAUUCCUUGGUCAUUCCACAACCUCCCCGCCAAUGCUUCCCGUCCCCACAGCUGUUCCAAGGGGCUUGACACGCACCAAGACUGCUCCCAACGGAUCAUUUUUCAAUUCGAAAUCACGAUGAUGACGCGGAUGAGCCCAGGCCCAACGCCCAAGAGUACUGCUCAUCCCUUGCGCACAAGAUGGUGGACCGUUGUGCCACCUUCGUCAAGAACUAGCACGCCACUAGCCAAACAUAUUGAAGAUCAAAUCAGCCGAACGCCUUGUGCGUCAUUCCACCCUCAGCAGUGUCUACGAGCACUGCCAACGUGUCUCUUCCCAGACGCCUCGCUUAAGCAUUCUGAUGAACGAGUCGCACUGCAGGCCGUGGAGUUCUGGACCACCGUAUCCGCACACCAGACGCCUGCCCCUUCGACGUUCCCGAUUGGGACACACUUGUGUCUUACCUCGCAUUCGUUUCCCCCACUCCUGACCCUGUCUCCAUCGCAAGGGAAUGGGUUGUUUGACGAAUCUAUCAAGGACCUUCCCCAUGAACUCCAGGACCGCGUCAAUGCCCUCCCUCAGUCAUACAGAGAUUCGCCCCAGGCAGCCGCGCUUUUCGAGGCUAUGAUGGAUGAAGCAAUGGACGCGACCGCAUCGUCACCGCCUCUUAAGAUCGCAAUGCAUACGUCUGGACCCUCUCUCCUGGUCCGCUUACUGGAAAGCUGGUGUGGAAGCCUACCUUGGUACUUCUUCGUAUCAACAGAGCCGCUACCUUCGUCUGUUGGAGCCCAAACGAUGAUACAUUUGCAGUCAUCAGUGGUGCAAGAUGCUGGACAAUCUGUCUGUUCACUCAAGGCCACUGUAGUGCACGCAAAACCGAACCGGAACUGCACGUCCAUCCCCGCACAUUACUUGCAAAAAAUUCCUACACACGCUGCUGAAUACGACGAGCCACCCGAACUGGAAUCAAGUGGUGAUGGUGAUCUUCCUGAUGACAGGCCAUCUGAUCGUGAGGCUUGGCUGGAGCCUCGUGCACUGACUGGACGUAAAUCUCCAGACCGACUUAAUAACUAA